CACCAGGUCACAGCAAACUCCGCAGCACGUAAGCCCACACAGAGCUGCACUUCUCUCAGGUCUCUUAGCUGGUUAAGACUUAUGACAUGUAUGUGUUAAACGUGUGUGUGGAAUAUCCUUAGCAGAGUAUCUUCGGCUCAAUAAACAGGAAACGUUGUGGUAAUGUUUGCUAAUGUUAGCUGACGUUAGCUCCUCAUGUAAACUGCCCCGUGUGCAGCAUUUCUCCACCGCUUUGAAGGACGUGUAGCAUGUUUUGCUCAUUCAAAAUAUUGCUAUGAGGUCUGUCUUUGAGUAACCUACAUGCAGUCCAGAUGAGAAAUACAUGGACGGCAGCAGUUUGCUUAUUUUGCUUAAGCUAUGAAGGAGUUUCUGAGGAAGAUACACGACCUCUUUAUAAAGGUCGCCCUGUUUCCGAGCACGUUUGGCCGCACAGCCCCGCGGCCAGCUGCCUCUGAGGUGCUGACCUGCCACCUGCUGCAGCGUAAACUCCCACCGUGGACAUCUUACUGUGUCCGCUACAGCUCCGUCCACAAUGACCAGUUCGGACUGUCCAACUUUAACUGGAGCGUGCAGGGGUCCAACUACCAAAUACUGCGAACAGGCUGCUUCCCCUUCAUAAAGUAUCACUGCACCAAAGCUCCUCCACAGAACCUGGACUUUGAGAACAAGUUCUUCUCCGUGCUGAAAGUUAUUAAUCUGGGCAUCCCUUGUUUGGCUUACGGCAUCGGCUGCUGGAUGGUGGUGGGGGCUGCAGAAACAGUGCAGACCAGUGCUGGACCUGUCACAGUCUAUUUUGCCUACAAAGAAGACGAAGGCGCACAGUACUAAACCAUGACAAAAACACUGUUUUGAAUGUUUUUAAGCUGUCACACUGCUGUAUUUGCAGCAGCCCCUGAGGUGGACCUAUUGGCAAAUGUGCAAUCCUGUGUCAUUAGCAGUCCUAUUGUCUGACUGCACACUAGGUUCCUUUCGUGUUUAAUUAUUUAAGUUUUAAAAGUUGCAGUGGUGGAGUCAGUUAUGCGUGUUAUUACUCUGACACACAAUACUGACUGUGUUUACUCAGAAAGCUAACUUUCCAUUAAAAUUUCAUGGAAAGUUUUGGAUUUCUUUAAGACUAUUUGACACUGUGUCUUUCCCUGGAUGUCUUCACAGCGGUGUCUAUGAACUUCAUGUCAGCCUCCUGUGCGUAUUUCUUCAAAGUAAACAUAAUGUGAAAGUAUAUUUUUGCAAGAAAUAUUAAAGUAUGUGAAAUUACACUGCAA